AUGGCUAAACCUGACCUGUGUGGCCAAUCAGAAGCAUCCGAAGAUUAUUCUGCUAUUGAAGGAAGUAUGCCAUUGUUUUCCAGCGCCAAUCAAUAAAUCGCUACCGAGUACAUUAGUGACGGCCAUUGUAAACUUAGAAGGGAGAAUAAGCAUACAACAAUUUACCUCGGAACAAGAAAUGGGGCUUUACAAAAAGGUGACGGUUGCUGACAAUGGUCUAGUUACCAUGGUCACCACAGCUGACCUUGAUGCUGGUUACGAAGUGAUGAGCCCAAUGUUUCUCAACCAGGGAGGAAAUUAUCUUUAUGCUAUGACAAAAUCAAAGUUAUUGAAGGUUGACAUAGACCACUGUUUGGUGAAGACAUCUUGCCAGGAAUGUACUAGUUUGUUUGACUCAGUUUGUGGCUGGUGUGUUCUACAGAAUAGAUGUACAAAACAAGACUCAUGUAAGGCAGGAAGUGUAACCCCUUCUUGGUUGCCGUCCAGGAAUGGUGUGUGUGCAGGCAUGAAGGAUGUGUUCCCGAACAUGUUGUCUAUACCAGCACUGAAACAGGAAGACAAAAUCAGUUUCAAACUGGACAAGAUAACUCUUGCUGAUGCCAGUGACCUUGACAUUCACUGUAGUUUUGUUGUCAUGGAUACAAAACAUAAAACCAUGGCAACAGUUUCUGGGGACAGAAUUGUGUGCCCACUACCAAAGAGAACCAAUCUUCCAUCUUUACCUGUUGGAAGAGUGCAUCUGGGAGGAGAUCAUGGGGUACUGGAGGUGGAGUUUCAAGUGGAGGGAAAGACGGUCGUGAAACGAGAUCUAUCCCUGUAUAACUGUCAAUUAAAUCAGAAUUGUACCGGCUGUACAGAUAGUUCAUUUGGAUGUAAAUGGUGUCAUUUUCGGGGAAUGUGUGUCGAUGCUGCUGCUGGCGACUGUAUAAAUCAGACAGUUCCAGCUAUAACGUCAUCCAGUAAAUGUCCUAGAUUAGAGACGACAGCUGGCGAUACAGAUGUUGUGGUGCAUUCUGGGCAAUAUAAGAAAAUUGCUGUACGAGUCACAGAUUUAUUGCCAGACCAGCUAACAAACAUUUUGUGCUUGUUCUCAUAUGAAGGAGACGUUAAGUUUACACCAGGCCCGUAUAACAGCAUCCAA